AUGCGCAGGUGUCUCAGCCUCCAGACUACGAUUCCCCGAAGACUGUGCUCGCCUCGGAGGCAUUUUUUCCAAGCUCUGCCUUCUGUGGCCUCUGCGCUGCCCCAGUACGUGGGAGCCUUGAGGAAGAGGGGAAUGGCUCCUGUGCUGACAGCCAGGCCUGGACAGGAAUCAGUGACAUUCAAGGAUGUGGCUGUAGAAUUCACCCAGGAGGAGUGGGUACAAUUGAACCCAUCUGAGAAAAAGUUGUACAGGGAUGUGAUGCUGGAGAACUAUAGAAACUUGGUGUCUUUGGGAUUUGCAGUUUCCAAACCAGAUAUGAUCUCCCAAUUGGAAAGAAAGGAAGCAUCUUGGAUGCCAGAGGCAGAUAUUCCAAGAAGCAGCUGUCCAGAGAGCAGAAAAUUUACUGGACAUAAACCUCUUGAAUGUAAUGAAUGUGGGAAGGCCUUCUGGAGCAAGGAGCAUCUUGCUGUGCAUCAGAGAAUUCACACUGGAGAGAAACCUUUCAAAUGUAGUGAAUGUGGGAAGGUCUUCAGGGUUAAGAUACAACUUACUGUGCAUCAGAGAAUUCAUACUGGAGACAUUCUUCAUGAAUGUCAGGAGUGUGGGAAGGCUUUUCUCUACAACUCAGAACUUAUUCAACAUCAAAAAAUUCAUAGAGGAGAGAAAACUUAUGAAUGUAGUGAAUGUGGGAAGGCCUUCAGGAGUAAGACACAACUUACAGUGCAUGAGAGAAUUCAUACUGGAGAGAAACCUUGUGAAUGUAGUGAAUGUGGAAAGGGCUUUAGGACUAAGUCACAACUUAAAGUUCAUCAAAGAAUUCAUACUGAAGGGAAACCUUAUGAAUGUAGUGAAUGUGGGAAGGCCUUCAGGGUUAAGAUACAACUUUCAUUGCAUCAGAGAAUUCAUACCGGAGAGAAAUCUUACAAAUGUAGUGUAUGUGGGAAGGCUUUCACUCUUAAGAGAUAUCUUACUCGACAUCAGAUAAUUCAUACUGGAAAGAAACCUUAUGAAUGUAGUGAAUGUGGGAAGGCCUUCAGGAUUAAGAUACAACUUUCACAGCAUCAGAAAAUUCAUACUGGAGAGAAACCUUAUGAAUGUAGUGAAUGUGGAAAGGCCUUCAGAAAGAAGUCACAGCAUACUGAGCAUCAGAAACUUCAUACUGGAGACUUUCUUUAUGAAUGUAAGGAUUGUGGGAAGGGUUUCCUGUACAACUCAGACCUUAUUCGUCAUCAAAGAAUUCACACUGGAGAGAAACCUUAUGAAUGUAGUGAAUGUGGGAAGGCCUUCAGGAGAAAGGCACUUCUUACUGUGCAUCAGGGAAUUCAUACUGGAGAGAUUCUGUAUGAAUGUAAGGAGUGUGGUAUGGCUUGUCCUUGCAACUCACAACUUAUUCUACAUCAAAGAAUUCAUACUGGAGAGAAACCUUAUGAAUGUAGUGAAUGUGGAAAGGCCUUCAGGAGGAAGUCACAUCAUAAUGAGCAUCAGAAACUUCAUACUGGAAAGAAACCUUAUGAAUGUAGCGAAUGUGGGAAGGCCUUCUGGAGGAAGGAUCGUCUUACUGUGCAUCAAGGAAUUCAUAGUGGAGACUUUAUGAAUGUAAGGAGUGUUGGAAAGGUUUUCAGUAGAACUCAGGUCUUACUCAACAUCAAAAAAUUGAUAUAGUAGAGAAGCUUUAUGAAUGUAACAAGUGUGGGAAGACUUUCAGAGUGAGGAUACAAUUUACCCAACACCAAGGUAUUCAUUCAGGAGAGAAAUAUUAAGGUUGUAAUACAUGUAGGAAGGCCUUUAGAAUGAGGAAACUACUUUAUGUCCAUCAGGGAAAUCAUCCUGGUGAGAUUAUCUUGUGAAUGUGGAGUGUGGGAAGGCCUUCCACUGUAAUUAAGAUGUUAUAUUAAACAUCAGAAAUUUGUGCUAGAGAAAAACUUUAUGUAUGUAGUGAAUGUGGAAAGGCAUAUAAUGAACAAAGGAAGGCCUUACACCUGAAUGUAGAUCUUACUCAACAUCAGAGUAUUCAUACUUUAGAAAGAUCUUAAGAAUUCAGUGAAUGUGGGAAGACCUUCAGCCUGAAGAUAGAACUUGCUCAACAACAAAGAAUUAAUUCUAGAGAGUAACCUGAAUUUGGGAAGGCCUUUAGACUAAGGACAUACUUUUUGUCCAUCAGAGAGUUCUUACUAGAGUGAUUCCUCAUGGUUAUAAGGAGUGUGGAUAGAUUCUCUCAGCUGACUAGACUGAUUCUGAGUCCCUAGAUGUAGUUCAGAGUCUUUAUUUGGGCUCCAUGGGAGAAGAAGAUAUCCCUCCCCUCUGCAGAGGCCUCUAAAGAGGCAAAAAUUUAGUAUUAUCUUCCCAUAGGCCUUCAGGGAGGGAGAGGUUAUGCUGGCUGAGCCAGAGGUUACUGAGUGGAUGGUGGUAUUGGGAGAGCCUUAGUAUUAACUUUCAUUACUGGAGAUAAUAGCAUGCAGGAUACUUGGUGAUGACCUCUUGGCCAUGAGAUGAGCCGGAGCUUAAUGUGUGAUAAAUAAUUGUUGAUAGUGUUUGAAGGGGGAGGCGGAGCCAAGAUGGUGGCUGGAAAGCAGGGACUAGCGUGAGCUCCCUGCCGAGUCCCUCCAAAAUCCUAU